AUGUUAACAUAUGAUUCAACACCACAAGAACAUGCAAUGUUCAUGACAGCUAUACUCUUAUCUCAACAGUAUAACAUGACAGUCAAUGGAAAACAAUUCGCCUAUCGUCUGGAACAUUCAAAUGGACGUGAUGUAAUCGAAACAUUGUAUCGCACUUGUAUGGCUAUAUCUGAAAACAAAAUUAUAGGCAUCGUUGGACCAGCAUAUUCAAGUGAAGCAAGACUACUUGCACGUCUCUGUAAUCGUGCUGGUUUUCCUGUUAUUGGCUAUUCAACUACAGAUCCAGAACUAUCAGAUCGUAAUGCAUAUCAAACAUUCUAUCGUACAAUACCGUCUGAUAUUAUAACCGCACAAGCAUUAUUGAAAUUAUUCCAGAAAUAUGAUUGGAAUUCAACAAAUAUUAUAUAUCAGGACGAUAAUUACGGUGAAGGUGGACUGCAGGCGAUAAAGAAAGCGUUUACUGAUGAGAUCAAGAUAUCACAGAAAAUAAAAUAUGAUUUAUCUACAGAUCAUAUAGAUGAUUUACGAAGUCAAUUGGAAGAAAGUCCAUCACGAAUUGUCAUCGUUUGGGCAGAUGAAAAUGUAACAACAAAAAUCAUACAAUUAGCAUUGGAAGCAGGAGAUAUUCUAGCGCCAUCAUUUCUAUGGAUUUUCACAGCUCUUCAUUCAAAAAUGCAGUUGAAAGAUAAGCAAUUAAUUGGAAUGUUACUGAUCAGACCUGUCACACCACAAAUAUUUAAUGUGUCAACUAAUACAACACUGUUAAAAGAUGCCAUUGAUAUCUGGAAAAACUAUGAUAACCAGUCGUAUCCUGGUGAUGAAACAAAAAUCGAUGGAUAUGUACAAUUCCUCGAGAAUGCAACUGAUCGUUUGACUGGAAGUGGUUCACAUUUUAUAAUUGACAAUCUGCAACCUUCAAAAUCGAACACAAAUGAAUUAUAUGCUGAGGAAGUCUUGAAGCUGAAUGGUAGUACAAGUAACCUUAGUCGUGAUAGUACAACUCAAUGGAUUAGUACACUGAAUCCAAUCCGAUGGCCAACACAUUCGGGUGCAAAACCAGACCAUUAUGUACCUCUGAAAGGUGUACGAUUAAACAUUACUGUUCCCAUAUCACCUCCUUUUUAUAUGGAAGAGUUCAACAAUAGCACUAAUAAAACUGACAAGUCAGGUUACCUUUACAGGUUAAUAUCAUUACUUGAACAACGGGCAGGAUUCAGCAGUAAUUUGAUUGUCGCUCCAGAUGAUAUUAGUUACGAUGAAUUAGUUGAAUGUGUUCGAAACGGUACCUACGAAAUUGUUAUGGCCGAUCUAGCUCAGACUCCAAGUCGUUCGAACAAAAUUGAUUUUAGUGUAUCAAUCUACGAUAAUUAUAUGCGAUUGGUAAUUAGAAAAAGUGGAAAAGUGUACGCUUCUUGGCACGCAUUCGUUUUACCAUUUGAUGGCCACGUAUGGUUGGUUAUAGGUAUUACGUUGGGCAUGUCAGUUCUACUAAUUUUUGGAUAUGAGAAAGUAGAGGGAAAGCGGCAACCAGAUAAGAAAAAAUCUGAUAUCUGUGAUCAAUCGAUACUGGGGUCAUUUCUGAAAUCAUUCUAUCAUACAAUCGGUGCUAUGGCACAAACAGGAAGUGAAUUACGAGUGAAGUCAUUUGGUGGUCGAGGACAAACCAUUCUUCUUUGGUUGACAAGCAUUUAUCUAGUGUCACUUCUAACGUCCAGUAUGACUACAUAUUUUAUUGAAAAACAGAAGAAGCCUUGGAUACAAAGUAUAGAAGACUUAAAAAUGUGUGGCAAAUUAUCGUGUGAUCGUAUUGGUGUUGUUGAACGUUCACAACACGAGGAAUACGUUAUGCAGCAUCUUAUGAAUGGAAAUCAGAUGGAUUAUCAUCGUUUAAAACAUCAAAGAGAAUGUUAUUCGAAAUUGUUAAAUUAUCAUAUUGAUGUUGCGAUAGCUGAUAGUUCCAGUGCCGAGUAUUUUACGCAAACAAAACAAUAUUGCCAACUAGAAGUAGUUGGAUUUCCAUUUGGCAAAACAGAUUUUGGAAUUGCUGUACCAAAAUUAUGGCAAUAUAAGCAGGAUUUGGAUAAUCAUAUUAUGAAAUUGAAAGAGGAGGGCGAAAUUGAUCGACUGUUAGAAGAAUAUUUUCAAGAGAAAUAUUGCGAUAAGAAGGACGGUCAUGAAGGUGUUGGUGAUGGACUUCACUUAAGUCAAGUAUAUGGACUAUGUUCAUCAGAAUCCCGUCGUGCACACUUAUCUAAUAACUUUAAUGAGACUAUUGCACAUGCAAUAUAUUCAAUUAGUGUUCAAGAUCUAAAAUUAUUUAAUGAGCAUGCUAUUGAACAGAAUGGUGUAUCAACUUUACAUGCUAGUGGUGGUAUAUCAAGAGUUUCCUAA